AUGUUGAAAGCCAUCAUCAACUGGUUCACCAUGGCAAAUCAAGACAGCAAUGUAUUAAGGGCAGCAGACUCUGCGUCCGACUUGGCACAUGAACAAUCACAAUCCGCCCUCUUCUCGCUGCCUGGCGAGAUUCGCAACCAUAUCUGGAGCUACGCUCUUGCCGACUAUCAAGACAAGACUCAGCUGUACGACGAUGCAACAUGUUACAAGCGACCAGAUUAUCUGGCACCCAGAAAGACUGACACAGUUUUGUUGCAAACGUGCAAGCGCAUCUACCAGGAAGCUUGGUUCUUGCCAUGGACCAAUGCCGAGCAGACCUUCUACCUCACCUCAACAGAUCGUAGACCGCCACGUACAACCACUCCGAGAGACAUGCAGAGGACUUUGCUGGCAAUCUCAAAAAGCCAAACCAUGCCAAUAAUACAACACGUGCGUGUCUUCCCUCAGUUGUACGCUCUGGAGAACGGCCAGAGACUACAAGAAAUCCUUAAUCUGAGGUUCUUCUACCCCAAGGUCAUUACUAUUACCAUCAGACACACAGAUUGGUGGUUCUGGGAGAGCGAUAACAACCUUCAUUUUGACGCCACCUGGGUCGGCAUCUGCAGAUUUCCGAACAGCUUGACAGAGCUUCGUGUGGCGUUUGAAAGCCUCGAGCGUAAGAAAGACCAGAUCGACGAUGUAGUCAGACAGGCUAUGGAGGGUUGGGUAUUCCGCCGUAAGGAUGAUACUGAGCUGUCAGCCAAGGAUUGCAAGCCUGAGAUCAUGAGAUGGAGUGGAAGUGCAACCUGGAAUCAUCACCGUUGGAUACGUGACGAGACGGGUCCAAACAAACUCGACUACUACGUCUCUACCGUUACCUGGAGACCUAUAGUCUCGACCAACAAGGAAGAAGCCCCCAGCGCUCAUCUCGACGAUCCGAUCUCAAGUGUGCCUAUCAGUUACAUACGAAAUGCCGACAUGCCUCUUGACGCUCCUACAGAGGACGUACGUCGUCUCUUUGCACACGAUGACUCUGAAGAAGAAGAAGAAGAAGAAGACGACGAUGAUGAUGAUGAUGAGGGUUCCGUGGAAGACCCAGAUGAAUUCGAACAAAGCGAAAGCGAUCCUGGAGACGAGAUGGAUCUCGGAUCUGACAAUGAUUGA